AUGGUUCAGUUCGCCACCAAACCAAAAUCCUCUCGGAAGAAGCGCAGCGUCGAGACUCCAGCAAAGACGAGUUCUGGGAAGUAUCGGACACGCACAGCCGUGAAGGCUGAACGUGAGCUGUGGGAACAGUUGGCCGCAAAACGCCCCUCGUAUCUUUGGCUGGACAAACGCUUCCGUUAUGGAUCCUCGAAACCCAUCCUCCACUUCGGCAUGACAUACACCAAGGAGUCCAUCAUGCAUUGUGCACUCAGGAACGAUCUUCUCCCUCCCAUCUACCAAGAAGAAGCGAAAGACCCGGCGGAAGAGGCGCGUAGGAUCUGCAUGGCAGUCUGGGAGGUCAAGCUCUUCUUCGAGAAGCAGCUAGGCGUAGAGAUCCUCAUGCCCUCCGCAUUCACUCAUGGGCAACUCGGGGUCUUCUCUAUAUACUCGAAUCAUACCAGAGUCAAAUGGGUGAAGAGGAUGGGGGACAAUCACCGGCCGAUCUGGGACUUUAUGAGGCAGGAGUUGGGCGUCAAGCAGUUUGCUGCUUGGUAUUGGGAUAUCAAGUACGGGGCUAGUUACGUGUGCAAGUACGAAGAGUUCAACCUUUGA